GCAACAAUCACGCAGAACCACGGUUUCCGGUUUCGUUUUUAAAUUUUCUUCCGCGAAUUUCUUUCGAAAAAGGCUUCUUUUGCCUAUUUUCAAUGACCUUUUUUUCAAAAAAUUAGUGUAUUUGUACUCGGACUUGUCAACUUUUUUGAUAAUAUUGAGAUCAGAAAUAGCAGCUAAAAAUUUGAACGAAUCUUCAAAUUUCAAGAUCUGUUGCAUUUUCACUCGCAAGUGUGAGAACUUCAUUGCAUCAAGUUCACCAUCGACCAUCAAGAACAGAAAGAAUGUGCAAUCCUGUGUCAAGAGGAGCCAAGGGAAACCAGAAGACCGACUUUCUGCAAAGGUUGAUCAAGGACCAAUAAAGCUGGACAGCUUUAGGGAAGACCAGGAAAAGGCUGGCGUGAUUGAGGUAGAAAGUUCGGGGUCACCCGGCAAAUGUGGCUCUGUGUACAGUGAACCAGGGUUACGGAGGGCGCAGGACCCGUGGUGUGGGUAUCCGCACACGUGGAGAGGCAACCGUAAGAUUGCCUCUGAGUCCGCGCACUCUGUGUGCCCCAGGUAGUGGGUCUGCACCGGGGUCCUGUACCCAAGCCGCUACUCACGUACACCCUCCAGCUGCCCCACGUGAACAUCAUGCCACCCCAGCUUCCACAGCUGGGGAGGAUGUCGCUGCACUCCCUGAUGAGCCGAUGCUCAAUGUCGAAAGGUCUGAUCAGUCCGGGACCUGGAUCUGUUGCGUGCCCUGCUUCUGGCUUAGAAGAAGCAAAGCUGUUCACAAGGCUCUCCUCACAUUCGCCAUGCUUCUUGUCACCAGCCUUCUGGUCACCAGUCCAGUUCUGUUCCUUAUCACUACUCUACCAGAAGGCGAGCAACCACUUGAUUGCGCUCCACUGGAUGACGCAUGCAUCAGAGAAAGAGAUGGCCCAGAAGGAAUUUGUGAGACAAAGGCAUGUUACGAAGCCUCUCUCAAAAUGCUCGCAUCCAUGAAAAGAGGUGUGGAUCCUUGCAAGGAUUUUUAUCAGUUCGCUUGUGGUGGCUACCGCGAUCGACAGCCUUAUCAGCCAAGUGCAAGUUUCGGGACACUACAGGCUCAAGUUGAUCAAAAAAUCAAGCAGAUGCUGACGAACAAAACGGGUAAAAUGACGGGUGUUUUUACAAAAGUAGGUCGAUUUUACGAAAGCUGUCUUGAAUUUGGGGAGAAACCGGUGGAUUUCAAUCCUGUUCUUCAAUUACUAAAUAAUUUGGGAGGCUAUUUGUCAUCAAGCAGUUCCGUUCCAGAAGAUGUAACUCCUCUAGUUGCUGCUCUUCUAAAAUUAAAUGGAGCACCUCUGUUUGAUUUGUACAUCGACACUGAUCUUCAGGAUUCCACAAAAUCUGCAGUUUUCUUGGAUCUGCCGACUGGAUAUCAAGUCAACUCAUUUUUCCAACAAAAUCUGGACAGCGUAUCGAGACAGGUGGAGGGAUUCAGUUUAGAUGAAAGUCGUAGCAAGAGGUCUACAUCCGCAGAAAGUAAAGCUUAUACCGUCAUUAAGAAUAAUAAGGAAGAGGCGAGGGCAUAUAAAAUUAAAAAAUUGAUUGAGAGGCUGAUUCCUGAUGAUAUGGAUCCUAAGGAACGAUCCUUAGAGGCCGACCAAUUAAUACAAUUUUGCUUAGCUCUGCACAAGAUCUAUCCGAGGCACAAGGAUUUGUACAACUGGAUGGACAUUGAUCAUAGAAUAUAUGUGCGCUACAAUUUAUCAUUUCUUCAGGAGAACUUUGAUUAUGUAAGAUGGGGAAUUCUAGUGAAUGCUACUAUUGGUAACACCACAGCCGAUCAAAGUAAUCGAAAUCGCGCCGAUUAUGAUGCUGGCUACGAGGAAGAAAACAUUAAUUAUGUUUACGUAACGGCGCCUCGUUACUUUCGCAGCUUAGGAAAAUUGUUAAAUCGGUUUCCUAAACGGGUAAUUCACAAUGGCUUACUACUUCUCUAUGCGAGUGACACUCUUUACGACGUAGUAAACGUAACUGCGAGUGAAAACUGGAAUACGUCCUGCUAUCAUUUGACGAAAAACAUUUUCAGUGAUGCAGUAAGCGCUCUUUAUGUGCAGCAGUACAAACCUCAAUUUUUAGAGACACUAGCUAAUAGGGUUGCAUCAUUGUUUGAGCGUGUGAAAGAAACUCUCGCGACCCGCAUGUUAGUAAUGUCGUGGCUGGAUGAUGAAACCAGGACAGAAGCUUUGCUCAAGUUACGAACCUUACGAGGAAAGUUCCACGUCUGGUCCGGUUUUUAUAAUGAAACCUUGUUGGCACGAAGAAUGGCCGAGGUCGUGAUCGAUCCUGAGAAUUUCUUUGUGUCUCUUCUACAAAGAUUCCAACAAAUUCGCACAUUGGACGGUCAGCGGUCCAGGAGAAAUACAAGUCAAAAAUGGCAGCAUCACUAUUCGGUUAAUGCUUACUACGAGUCAUGGACAAAUUCAAUUGUUAUUCCACUGCCAAUGAUGGCUGCUUGGUCUUGGUCAUGGGAGGGAGGUCCAGCCUAUUCUUCAUACGCAACUUUGGGUUCAGUAAUCGCUCAUGAAAUUCUGCAUGCUUUUGAUCUUCAUCAUCGACGUCUGCCAUUGGAUCCUGAUUUGGACGUCUCUUUGGGAAAUGAAAGAUGGAUCUGGAUUACACCAGAAGCUUGGAGAAAGCUCGAAGCAAGAAUUGAAUGUGUGGCUAAUUUGUACGCCAGGAGCUUUUGGCGGAAGGUCAAAUUUUAUGGGAGUAGUGUCGACGUUCAGUUCGAUUGGAAUGUAACAAGAAAUGAAAAUGUGGCCGAUGUUGGGGCACUGCAAAUUUCAUAUCAGACUUGGCAUAGUUUAACGAACGGAAAGGAUCGGAGUCUCCCAGGCCUGGAAGCUCUUCGUCCCAGUCAACUUUUCUUUAUAAGUGCCGCUCAAACUUAUUGCUCUAACAUGACUGCCGAGGCCUACAUUCUCUCUGUUGAGCUUGACUAUCACACUCCUCAACCAGAGAGAGUGAACGGUAUAAUGAUGAACUCCCUAGCUUUUUCGGAAGCAUUUCGCUGUCCUGCUGGUGCCAAAAUGAACCCACCAAAAAAAUGCACGACCUGGUGACAUCGACAAAAUUUCACAAAAAAUCCACCGUGAAUAGUGAUUAAUUGAUUAUUCGCAAGGAGUGUUUUCAGUGCUUCUGAAUUAAAAAAAUUAAAGGAGCAAUAUUAAACGAAAAUCCGAAUGAAGAAGCACGUUUCAUCAAUUAUAGAUUUGAUAAUUUGGGUAUAAAACUGAACUGAAUUCGAAAAGAAGUUCCAGACUCAGAGCCGCUGAACCUAUUAUCGUAAAAGAAAAAAAAGGAUAAUUUGUACAUCAUGACCGACUACAAUUUUUUUGUUAAUAGCUCACAAAUAUUUAAUAGUUUGAAAGUUGGCUACAAUCAAUUAACGAAUUUUAGGACUAGAGCUAUUUAGAAAAUCUAGGAAUUAACAGCGAAAACAAUAAGUAAAUUAAUAAUUAUGAAAGGCAAAAAGAUAAUACAAAUUAUUUAUACUGAGCCUUAGAAAAUUCUAAUGACAUUGUUAUUAUAUUCAUUGACUAUAUAUAGGAUAGAAAAUUAGUAAUGUGUUGUAAUCACUCAAGUAUAUAGGCUGCCCUAAAACAACAUCCAAUGUUGAAAGAACUUUUUGAAUUUUGGAAUGUCAGUCUGAUAAAAUCGACUAAAACUUAUAAUCAUCGAUUUUUAUUUUCUCAGUCUUUAAUCUAUUUUCUGCAAUUGAAAAAUAUUAUUAAUUCUCUAGUAUAAUAUUUUUUAUCUAAUUUUAAAAAGUUGUAUAGGCAAUUAGGGAUUGCAUAGUUAAUUACUGAAAAAAAGCACUAGAGGCACUUACAUAAAAUGAAGAACUAUUAGCUGUUUGAGCUCACUAGAUUUAUUAAUAAAACUCAUUUUUCCGACCGAUUGAUAUUUAAAAAAUUCUAAAAAGCCAGUAUUUUUCUCUAAGCAAUGUAGUGAUCAUAAUGUAAUCUUAAAUACCAAGCGGAUUUUUACAACUAUAAUAUACAGAUCAAAAGAUUUCAUAUUCACGUCCUUUGCAUUGAAAAAUAAAAAAAAAAAUAAAUAAAAAAAUAAGAAACUGUUCUUAAAAUAAGAUAGAAUAAAAAAUUCGAAGAUUCAAGUAAAUAACAAAUGACAGAAAUAGAUUAGAGCCUCGCUUGAAAUGUGUAAAAAGAUAUCCACUAAAAAAAUACAGCAAUUAAGUUAAACACCUUUCUUCGUUGGAAUAAUACUUUUUAUUGCAUGAAUAACGCACUUUUAAGGUAUUAUAAGACAGAAAAGAUUUCCGAAAUAUACUCUCCUCUUGUCCUUAUAAUACCUUAAACAUUUCUGCAGUCAAUAAAAUGUAUAUUAUAUGAAUUAAUUUGCAUAUGCAAUAAUCAAAACGCCUUCUUUUAACAAUUCUGAUGCGUGUAUACUAAAUAUUUCGUCAAUUCCAAUAUACCUUGUCAAUUCCAAUUACUGUAUACGCAAAAAAUUUCUUAUAUAGUAUAUAUUUAAGAUCUAUCCAUAUUGUGACUGUUUUAGGUGUGAAAUAUUUUUAUAGUAAUUUUCACUCGAUUAUUUGAAAUGGUCUUUCAAGAAAAAGUUCCAACGGGAAAUAUUUCGGUAUAAAAGUUGUGUAAGACCGCACGCCCUUAAAUAUGUCAAUACAGAGUAUUUUAUUAUUAGAGAGUGGAUUAGCGCAACAGUGAAGUUAGCUGAAAAGCGCAACAUGAAACUCACUGCGCAGAACCUUUAGAGUGGACGCGUGCGCACGGCGUGGGGACGCAUGGGCCUCGCGCAGAGGCGCACGCAUGUCGCACGUUUAACCUAGAGAUCGUCUAGGUAGAGUUGAGACACAAACAAAACAUCGGAAAGUUAGAUUUAGAGUUAAAAGAAUUAAUAUUUUGAAC